GAUUUGGAAGCGAAACAACAUCUGUUAUUCAAAGUGGCACAAUCGGAAAAGUCGUAGUCCUUGCAGCCGAAAUCCUCACAUGCCAGCACAUUGGUCACAAUUAAAGCACAUUGAAGCAAUUUAUUGGCACGCCUACAACUGCGCAUGCCCCAGACCCAAACCCAGAGCCAGACUCCUACCCAGAGACGCAGCAGCAGCAGAGCAGCAGCAGCAGCAGAGCAGCAGCAGGUGACAGCGACGUCUACGGCGUGAAAACUCAAGGCUAUCGAGUUAAUUUGCUUGGACAUGGCCACCGUGGCGCACGGCUGCAGCAGUCCGCGGCAGCGUUCCUGCAACGGCAGCAGCUCACCUGGCGGACAGCACAGCUCGACGCCGGCGAUGAUGUACACCACGAUGCCGAAAUAUACGCGCACGGCCAGCCAGACGCUCUACGCGACAAGUCAGCAGAUGUUUGGCGGCGGAAUGUCCGGCGUGGUGGAAAGUCAGUAUAAUGGACACGGAGGUGGACUCUAUAUGGCCGCGGGCAGCAUGUCGCAGCGUCCGCUGUCGGCGUCGGCUUUGCCGGAGACGGCGACCGGCUGCCGCAACUACUGGAGCCAGAAUCAGGGCCAGGGUCAGGGUCAUCCGGGGCCGGGUUCGUUCUAUCACAGCAGCGGCAGGCACUUUAACUACAACAAGCGCAAGUCCGCCGUGGAGCUGCUGGCCGAAUCGAAGCCCUUCUACAUCAAGUCCGACGCGGUCUUCGAGCGACUGCAGCAGUCCGGCUAUCGCAGUGGGAAUGGCGCCGCAGCUGGUGUCAAGCGUGGCCGCCGGCCGGAGGAGGGGCACUACAGUGCCACGCCCACGUACGAGGAGCUGGAGGACAGGCGCUACAUGAGUCUGACCAGGCAGCAGCAGGCCCAGCAGCAAUACGGACUGCACAAUCAUCACCAGCAGCAUCAUCAUCAUCACCGGCACAAUCCCGGCCAGGGGAUGCACGGCCAGGCGAGGGAACGACCCGGCUCGGCGGUCAACAACAAUCUGCUGCAGCACAAGCUGCGCAUGCUGCUCGGCUCGGAGGCGGGCAAGGAGCGCGGCAGCCUGCGUCGCCAUGAGCUGGGCGACAACAACCAGGAUGAGGAGGAGAGCAGCGCGUUGAGGAUUCCGCCGCCGCUCUAUCUGCCCGCACAUGCCUUCGGCAGGGACUCAGCCUACGGCGGAUAUCCGAGCGAGCCGAACAGCGGCGGCGAGGAGCCGCUGGUGCUCACCGAGAACUACAGGCCCAUCAGUCCGCCGGCGGAAUACGCGGCCAAGUCGAGCCAGGCGCAGCACAACGAGCGUUACAGAUACAACUAUCAGCGCUCGUAUUCGCACUCGCACGAGGUGGCCAUUCCGGACGAGCGUGCUCCGUAUACGGCGGGCGAGUUCAACAUCAAUAGUCACAAAUCUCUGCCGGAUCUGCACACGCAGAUCAGCCGGCACUCGCCGCACAGCGAAAUCCUGAGCUGCUGCAGCCGCGGCAAUCGUUCCAUCAAGUCCGCCGGCGAGUCGUCCAUCAAUCGCGACUCCGGCGGCAGCUCCGGCCAUUACACACAUCGCAGCGAGCCGUGCUACAAGCGGCAGCGCGAUACGAAUCCGGGCACCGCCAGCGGCACCAUUAAGAACUGCUGCAAUCUGGUGGCUGCGACCCGGCGGGACAGCGGCUCCUCCACGCAGCACAGCGCCAACUCGUAUUGCGGCUAUGUGACGCCCGCCGGACGCAAUACGGACUGCCUGGACUGCCGCUGCAAGCUGGACACGGCUCCGCCGGGGCACAUCUCGGGCUCGGCCGCCGAUUACUUGCUCAAUUUCACACCCACGCCGGAGGUGCCGGAGGCGUUUCAGGAUGACUACACACCGACGCCGCCGUCGCCACGGCUCAAGACCCAAACGCCGCGCUACUCGAGCUCCUCCAGCCAGCAGCUGCACACCAGCUCCCAGGGCUACACGAGCAUCAACCAUUCGCAGAGCUCCCUCGUGCAGAGUCCCGGCUCGGCACCGUCCGUGGACGACAUCAGUCCGCCGCCCAUACAGUUCAAGCGGCAGCGUUGCAUACGCUUCAAGAACCGCAACCGGCUGCCCGUCCAGCCGCGCACCUCGCCCAUCAAUGCGGCCAUGGAGUGUCUCAGCGGCGGCUCGGCGGGCUACAACAAGCGCAGCAUGGAGCACGAGAAUGUCUUCUUCCCCAAGGGUUUCUCGGCGGACGGCUAUGCCAUGGACAUGGAGCGGGAGGCGUUGAAUGCCAGCAUAUCGGAGCUGGAGAAGUUCUUCGAUCGGCUGGGCCUGAACGACGAGGCGUUCCACGAGCUCUACAGCCAGCCCCGGCGUCAGCACAAGCCCGACACCGAUUCGGAUGACUCCAGCACUGUGUUCUUCUCGGAUCACAGCACCGUGGACUCGAUGCGGCUGCCGGACAGCACCGAGACGCAGCCGCAAACUACACAGCCGUAUCGACCCUCGGAGCCGCCAUCAAUUGUGGAGCGCAAUGCGAGAAUCAUCAAGUGGCUGUGCAACUGCAAGAAGACGCAGUGCGCCUGAGGAUAUCCGUAAAUUUGAUAUUGUUCUUUAGAUAUGAAUCAUUUUACCCUCUAGUCCCCACCCAGAAGUACAACGCAAUUCGAAUUGGAGCUCUGUUUGGAUUAAAGUUGCAGAUAAAAAUUCAAUCGAGCUGCUCGAGCUUCCUUCAAACUCGAACAUUUCGUUCGAGCCGUUAGCUCGAACAUGUUGCUGACCAGCUCGAACCUCGUUCGAAUGAAUAUCUGCGGGUUUGAUGAAUCGUUUAUUUGAGCACUGCUCGUUUUUCGGCCAAAUCAAUUGAGUAUCCGUGUUG